AAAAAAUAAAAGAAAUCGACAAUAAUUUAGUCGAAAUAAAGAAAAAAAUAAAUGAAUUAGAAAUUAAAAGUCAAAAAAUUAAAGAUAAAAAACCACACCUAUUAACGCAAUUAGAGGAUUUAAAAAAGGUAGAAAAAGAACUUGACCAACUAACUAGGAAAAUUAAAGAAAAAGAAAAUCAGUUAAAAGAUACUUCACCUAAAACUGAAAAAGAAAGAAAAAGGUUACAAAAUGAAAUAGAAGAUUCAAAAAAAGGACUUAAAAAAAAACUGAAAGACAAAUCGGUUCAACAAGGUAAUUUACGUAGUACAUUUCUUAACAAUGGUGGUGAUAAAUUAGAGGCCGAAACUCCUACUAGUGAAGAAAACACUUUUUCUUUUGAACAACCAACAAAGGAAAAUUUUAAGGUUUUCAAUGAGUUAUUAGCAAAAAUUAUUGAAGUAGAAAUCUCCGCUAUUAAGGAUGAUCACUUAGCCGAGAUUGAGCAAAUGAAGAAAAACAAAAUCAAGCGAGAAGAAGUUAAAGUUUUAGAAAAAAAAACUAAACAGCAAGCUUCCGAAUUAACUUAUCAAAAAGAACUCUUUCAAGACCAAAAAGAAAAAUAUCUCUGGGAAAUUGAAAUAAAAAAUAAAGCGAUAAAGUCUGCCCAAACUCAAAUAAAUAAUUUGGAAGAAGAAAACGAGGAAUUAUUUCAAGAAAAUGAAAUUUUACGGGAUGAAUUAGAAGCCGGAUUAAAAGAUAAACAAAAUAAAGAAAGUCGCCUUAAUACUUUAUUUAGCCAACGACAAGUAUUUCAAAAUAGAUAUAAUAUCAAAAAAGGGAAAGUUAGCAAUUUAGUCCUUGAACUGCAAAAAGAGCAAACAAAAAAUGCCGAUAUUCAGCAUAAAUUAUUCGAAACUGAACAAGAAAAUAGGAGACUCCAAUAUAGAAAUAUUGAGUUAGAAACUGAUUUAACUAAUGCUCUCCAAAAGAAAAGUGAAUUAAGAAAAAGGCUGAUUGAAAUUAAAAGGAGUCAUAAGUCCUCAGUUCAAAAGGCUCAAGCCGCUAAUUUAUGCCGAGAUUUAAUUAAAUAUGAAAGCAUUGGAGAACUGGAAAAUGAUAAAGAUAAUGCACUUAAGCAAUUUAUUUCUCAAUCUACCGGUUCGCUAAUUGAAACAGUGGCUAAUUGUCAACAACAUUUAAAAGUUACUGAUUUAACUAAACUUACUACUACUCAUCCGAUGCCUAAAGGGAAGUCUUUAACUGAUUUAAUUACUUUUUAUCACGCUAACCAAGGUAAACCUUCAACUUCCACUCAACUCUUGGAGUUAGAAGUACCUAAUGAAACUCCCAUCGUGAACCAAAUUAUUCAGGAGUGUGAAUUAGGACUUAACCAAAAUAGUAGUUUAAACCAAGUGAUUGAGCGAAUCAAUCAGUUAAUUAAAGUUAAACCACCCAUCACUAAACCUGUUAAUCAGUCAACUGAUACUCCGUUUGGGGAGAGUUUAGAAAAAAUUGUGGAAAUUGAUUUAAAUGGUUUAGAAAAGGAAUUAGGAAUUAGGUUGUCAAGUGAAAUAAAACAGCAAAUUAAACAAGUUGCUAACUACCGAGAAUUAAGUUCCCUCCGAAACCAAGAAAUUAAGAAUUAUUUAGAGAAAAGUCAAGGAGGUAUAAUAACUAGUCAACCACUGCAAGCAGUAGUUAAACCGUUCGGAGGAAAAAUAGUUUUGGUCAGUUGGUUAGUGCUAAGUUUAUUAAUGAUUGCCGCUUUCUUAUUAAGAAUAAAGGUAAAACAGAAAGAGAAAAAAAGGAUUUAG